UGAUCGAUAGAAGCCGUCCUACUUCUCGGUUGUAAUACUGUGCCAUUAAAUGAACUUUAAGCAGUGUAAAUUAUGCGGGAUUUCUGUUAAAUGGCGGAAAUUGUCAUUUUCUUUCUGUUUUUGUAUCAGAGUGUCGAUUUCACCGCAGGAAAUUACCAACUCUCAGAAUCUGAAGGAACUGAAAACAAACACAACUCGUCCUUUCACUUUAAUCUAUUCAGCAAGAGAUUCCAGCACACAUACGCCAGUCUGGAAGAGUAUACACAAGGCAGACUCAAUUUCGAAAACUCUCUCAAUAGGCACACAUUUCUGAACACGAAGCCUAAGGACGCCAGCAACAGCUCGGCCAAAUAUGGUGUGAAUCAAUUCUCGCAUCUGUCUCCGCAGCAGUUCAGAGAUCUGUACUUGCGAGCCCAGGCUGAAGUGGUCCCUCCCUUUAACACCAGCAGUCUGAACCACAGCAGCCAUGUGGCCAGAGAGCUGCCUGGCCGCUUCGACUGGCGUGACGAGGGGAAGGUGGGGCCGGUGCAGAACCAGGGAGCGUGUGGGGGCUGUUGGGCCUUCAGCAUUGUCGGGGCGACCGAGUCGGCCAGAGCCAAAGACAGCCAUCCCCUUGAGGAGCUGAGUGUCCAGCAGGUCAUCGACUGCUCGUACAAGGACCAGGGCUGUGAUGGGGGCUCCCCAGUGCGAGCUCUCGCCUGGCUGAAGGAGACCCAGGAGAAGCUGGUGAAGAAACCUGACUACCCUUAUAAAGGAGAGUCUGGAUUGUGCCAUUUCUUUGCCCAGUCCCACAGCGGUGUGGCCGUGAACGGUUUCAAGGCGCAGGACUUCAGUGAAGAGGAGGAGCUGAUGAAGCAUUGGCUGGUGGACUAUGGUCCUCUGGUGGUGACGGUAGAUGCCAUGAGCUGGCAGGACUACCUGGGCGGAGUCAUCCAGCAUCACUGCUCCAGCCGCAACGCCAACCAUGCAGUACAGAUCACUGGAUACGACACCACAGGCGAUGUGCCGUACUGGAUCGUGCGUAACUCCUGGGGCUCUUCCUGGGGCGUCGAUGGCUAUGUGCACAUCCGGAUCGGCGGCAACCUAUGUGGUAUUGCGGACACAGUGGCGGCAGUGUUUGUGUGAGAGGUUGUGUGUGUAAGAUAGUGGACCAUCAAACCGUGUGUGUGUUUGUGUGAGAGGUUGUGCGUGUAAGAUAGUGGACCAUCAAACCGUGUGUGUGUGUGUGUGAGAGAGGUUGUUUGUGUAAGAAAAUGGACCAUCAAACUGGGCACUUCAUCAAAGGGACCAAAUGUCACUGUACUCCACCUGGUACUUUGAAUACACUUGAAGUUAAUUUUUGACAUAUUUGAUCAGCAUGUUAAUAGGGAACAGCACCAGCAUGUGAUAAAGGGAGGUCUACAGGAUAUGUCUCUGUGUUAGUAUGUCUUAAUAAAGACAGUGUAGAGAUGAUACAUAAUUACUUAGAUAAUAUCAGAAAUUACAGAAUAGUUUUGUAAUACAGUUUUAUUUUUGUACUUUAACAACAUUUUGACAGGUGAGACUGUUCCCUUUUGUAUUUGUAUUUUUUUUUUAUAUAUAUAUAUAUAUAUAUAUUAAAUCCCAGAUAAUCUCAGAACAAUAAAAUGUCAGAUCUAACAUUGCACUCUGGACCUCUUCAAUACAUUCACCACA